AAUCGUGAACCUGUCUUUUCUUUCCUUUGUUUUUUCCUCCUCCCAAAACCGGAUAUUAGUUCUCAGCCAUCCUGCUGCAAGCAUUCUGAUCGCUACAUGGCUUGUUUUUUUUGUCCACGCGUCACGCACUCGUGUGGCUUAGCAAACUCAGCACCGCGACGCGACGUUGCAGACGCACGAGGGGACAUAAUGUGACAUUUCCACGCUGUGUUACGAGUGCUCGAGGAGCGAAGCCACGCCGCGGAUAUGCAGGGAUGCGGAGGUUAAGGAGGUUGAGGAGAUUAAGAUUGAGGCUCUGCGCCACCCUCCCGAGCCGCUGCUCAGGCGGCCCGGGGUCCCUUUCGAUUAAGCAUCCUCCCAUCCCCGACUUGAUGCCGCGCCUGCAGGAUGGGGACUAGUUUCUCCAACCUGGCAGCCUUCCAGUCCCUGCACAUCGUCAUGCUCGGCUUGGACUCCGCGGGCAAAACCACCGUGCUCUACCGGCUCCGGUUCAACGAGUUCGUCAACACGGUGCCUACCAUCGGCUUCAACACGGAGAGGAUCCGGCUGGGCGGCGCGGGGACAUCCAGGGGCAUCAGCUGCCACUUCUGGGACGUCGGCGGCCAAGAGAAGCUGCGGCCCCUGUGGAAGCCCUACAGCCGCUGCACUGACGGCAUCGUCUACGUGGUGGACUCGGUGGACGCCGAGCGGCUGGAGGAAGCCCGGACCGAGCUGCACAAGAUCACCCGCUUCUCCGAGAACCACGGGACCCCGCUGCUGGUCAUCGCCAACAAACAGGACUUGCCGCGGGCCCUGGACGUGGCCGACAUCGAGCGGCAGCUGGCCCUGUCCGAACUGAGCCCGUCCACGCCGUACCACGUCCAGCCCGCCUGCGCCAUUAUCGGCGAGGGUCUCCACGAGGGCAUGGACAAGUUGCACGAGAUGAUCGUCAAGAGGAGGAAAGCGCUCAAGCAGAAGAAGAAGAGGCAAUGAUAGGUCUGCAUCUUACGUGACAGCAUGCGGGGGACACCUUGCAAGUCCCCCCCACCCCUCCCCGCGUAUGAUCAUUUAGAAUAUUUAGAGACGCCAAAAUAAACCUACGCUUAAAUGCAAGUAAUUAUUUCCAGCGGGGAUAUUCGGUACUUAACACAUUUAGUGGACCACCUGUCAUGAUUCAAUUAAACAUAACAAUCCGACAACCCCUACCCCCAUCAUUUGACAAGAAAUAAUAACGACUAGCUACGUGCUUUUUGUAAAACAGGAAAUUAACGUGUAGCAUAUUUUUGCAUUUAAAACAAGCAUGUGGCACAUUGCAAGCCUUUUAGAUGUUCCAUCGUGCCAAAACAAUCUCCAUGCAAACUUGCAAUAUUUCUAGGGGGGGUGACCACCACUCUUUCAAUUGCUGUGAUUUCUUCCGAUUCACAAGGGGGAGGAAUUUCUUUCUAAUUCAGCUUUCAUAGCCAUUUUUGGGGGGAGCGGUCACAAAUCAAUUAAGCAUAGAUAAGACAUCAUGUUAAUCCUUGAACGUGGUGUUAUAGCAGCACACGGCAGAUUGAAAUAAAAUAAUAUAAAAUACGGUAUUAUAUAUAAUAAGAUUUUUGAGCAAUAAAGUCAGGUGUGAUUUUUUUUCUGUAGCCCCAUAUAAAACAGCUGCAGAUAAAAAAAAACCCGGUAUUGAGUCCACGAUAAAGAUUUUUAUUUUCAACCGAUAUUUAAUUGUAGCACUAUCAAGAGCAGAUGAGGCGGUGAUCUAUUACAUUUUAUAAGCGUUGCAAAUCGAUUUAUUUUCAGGGAGCACAUUUCACAAUCUCCCAUGCAAAUGACACGCAUACGCAUGAGCGAUCGUAAAUCGUCGAGAUGAACGGUGACGACAAGCUUCUGGCCCCGUGGCAUCGGUCAGCAUCUCAGUCCCACAAGAUUAUUAUGGGGACCCACAAAAGACCAUCCCUGCACCUGCAGUCCAAGAAGACAAAAUGAUGUCAAGGUCAUGAAGCCUUAAUAGGAAGGGAAAAAAAAUCAUUAAUGAAUGCAAGGAGGCCUAAACUGCUUUGAUUGGUGGCGGAACGACUGUUACGGUAGCAUCCGGCGAAAGCUGGAUUUCAAGUGUCAUACUUUCAAAGAGUGAGACCUUUAUACCUUUCCUGGAGGAACGGUGAUUGACUCCCAGCAGCUCAUCUCUUCCAAAUGUAACCACCUGGUAGCAGAAGAUGCCGCAUGCAAGCUAAAGAUGCACGAUGGCUGAUGAUGUUAUGCCGAAUCAUUUCAUGUCGUCUGUUCAUCACUGCAGCUCGAGCAAAGUCUUGACCAAGGCAUUUCUCCUUACAAUGGGGAAUAAAGUCAAAAAGGUUUUCCUUCACUAUCUACUCUUUGUCAAGGUCUGAUUUGAGCACAUGUGAAAUUAUGGCCCUCAAGUAAGUGCUUUGAACAUUUGCAGGUGACGCUAGGUACAGAAAUAGGGCCCAAAAGGACUCAAAUGACUUCCUGUUCAGUUCUUAACCCAUCAUGUAGGCAGGAGAAUUGUUGUGCUUAAUUGUACUUAUUUAUUUGGGACACAUAGAUUUUGAAAGAACAGUGUAACUUGGGGUUGAACUCGCACUUGAAUGUUACAAGGUGAUGCAGCCAAACAGUCAAUAAAAAUGCAGUCUGAUGAUUUUCACGUUGUAGCAAAGUUGAUCUGCAGUAUGUUACACUUUGGAAACAGUUGUCAGUGAAACCAAAUGUGUUGGCAGAUGGCAAAAUCCAUUAAACAAGUAUUUUGGAGAUAAAAAUG